AAGCAAGUUUUAUUUAUUUAUAAUUGAAUCCCACGAUGCAAACGCAAUUAGUUAAUGAUCGUUUUAAUCUUCGUUAAUAUCCCUGACUACAUUCGUACCUCCUUGAAACAACAGGUGGCAACCUGGCCUUUAAGAAUACAAUAUCAACAGCUCCAAAGAAAGAAAUAUAAUAUUUCUGUCAAUUUCAAUUGACCGAAGACUUUUCAAAGCGUUUUUGUAGUUGUCAUCGUAAAAGCGAUUAUUUAGAAGUGAACUCUUUUUUUAAGUUGGAAUCAUGGAGAUCGCCCACAAUUUUAUGGGCCCUGGAGCCACAAAAACCAUGUUGCGAAUCAACGAGAAUGGAAACGUCGUCGGUACAAUUAUAGUUAACUGUGAAGGUUUCCCUGAGACGACAACCCUGGACAGUUUGACAGCUGCCACCUACUCGAAUCAUAUGAGAAACCUAUCGCACCAUGCCUCGAACGCGCUUAAGGAAAUUGAUGUGACUGACGAGCUGGUGGUCCUGAGGCUGGUCUCCAGGAAGUCCGAGGCUGUAGUGGCACCAGACAGUGAGUUCCACAUCAUUGUCGUCAUGAGAAGGCACUAAACCACCAAAUGUCCAUGUCAGAACGAGACAACACUACAUCACUUGUAGCUGUCUCUUUUCCAAUCCGUGACAAAGGUCUACUGAUCCAAGAAGUCGUUGUAUACAAGAACUGUAGAGUACGUUCCAAGUAUAUUUGUCUCUACAUUUCUUAAGAUUGUGAUAGAGACAGCAUGAUUCUUGAGGGUGAAACUUGUUUAGUAUUGUUCUUAAUUACGUAUUAGAUUAAUCCUUAAUAUAGCUUUGAUUCUCAACAUUUGGUUUGAAUGUCGAAAUUGUU